GUCAAAAAUAUAACAAGCAUUGAAAUGAAGAUCCUUGCAUUUUAGUUGAUUGUUAUUAUUUAAUUCACAUACAAGUAUUAUUUAAAUAUGGACACAAAUUCAUUAUGUCGAUGUUGCCUUGCUCGUCCACCGGACAAAGAUAUAAAAACUACGUAUACAUGUUUGGGAAAAGAUGAAAUUUACGCCGAUAUGCUAAAGGAGUGCUUCGAAAUUCAUAUAACAGUGGAACAAAUGGAGGUUGACAACGGUAUAUGCGAGGUUUGCAUCGCGCGUCUCCGGGACGCAUUCGACUUCAAGCACCAAGUGUUGAGGUGUCAGAAGGACUUGAUGAAUAUGGGUGAUAGUUUUAAAACCGAAAAAAUAUCAGUUAUCAAAGAAGAAGUUAUGGACGAUGAUGACUAUCUUUUUGAUUUAAACAAUGACGAUAUAACGGCAAUAGAUUCGUCUGCAAGCGGCAAAUUAGCUGAGAUGCUCGGCCUCGGCGACAUCAGUAUAAAGCGUAAAAAGAAACGGAAAAAAUCGGAACAAUACGAUGAUUGUGACGAUUUACCUCUAAAAUUACCUUCCGACUUUCGUAUCAAGAGAGUUAAAGAAGAAAACGGGGCCAUAAGCGUCAGCGACAACUCGAAACACAUUUACAACGUGAAAAAGAUAUUAAAAUACUCAAAUUGUACACCAUUCUUCAAUAAAACUUUAAGCGGAAUAGUUUGUGCAUACUGCAAGAUAACAUGCGCAAAUAUAAAAGAAUUAAAAACCCACAACGAGGAAAACCACAAACAAACAUCAAGUAUAUACCACCAGACCACAGACCACAAAAGACUGGACAAAAGUAACCUAGCCGUCAAGAUGGAUAUCACAGAUCUGCAAUGUACACUUUGCCAAAAGAAUAUAGAAAAUAUAUCGAAACUAAAGAAACAUCUAAUGAACGAACACAGCCAGAAAUUCUAUCCAGAUCUCUACGACUAUAUUUUUGAAUUCAAAAUAACGGACGAUGAAAUACUAAACUGCGCCCUGUGUCAUUCAACGUUUGAAACGUUCAAAAUGCUGUUACAACACAUGAAUGGGCAUUACCGAAAUUAUAUAUGCGAAGUUUGCGAUUUGGGCUUCAUAAAUCAGCACAGAUUGAAAAAUCACAAGCGAACACACGAAAUUGGCACGUUCAAGUGUUCGUUUUGUGAGAAAGUGUUCAGUACGAGGGUGCGGAAACAGUGUCACGAGAAAUACACGCAUAAUACAAGCGCUAGAUAUACAACGAUAUGUCCACACUGUGACAAAACCUUCAAUAGUUACUACCAAAGAAAUAGGCAUAUGUUCGACGAGCACAACAUAGCAGCGGCUACAUACAAAUGCAAUGUGUGUGAUAAAUCGUUUAUUCUAAAGUCCAAAUUGACGUCUCAUAUCAAAAAAGUGCAUUUGAUGGAGAGGAAUCAUAUAUGUCCGGACUGCGGACAAGGGUUCUUCAUAAAGCAGUCGUUAGACGAACAUAUGGUCAAGCAUAACGGUGAAAGGUUGUUCAGUUGUACCGUGUGUCAUAAGUCGUACGCAAGGAAGAAAACGUUAAGGGAACAUAUGAGGAUACAUAAUAAUGAUAGGCGGUUCAAGUGUGGGGUCUGCGGUUAUGCGUUCGUGCAAAAGUGUAGUAUGAAAAGUCAUAUGCUAUCGAACCACGGUAUGUCGCUGACGGAGUUCGAAAAUGUGGCCAAAGACAUGAUUAGUGCGGGUGUGCAGUGAUUUUUAUGUUUAGAAAGGUAAUUUUUUAAAUGCGGUAAUAAAAUUGAAGUGAAACUUCUUUAGGCGCGUUUAGAGUAAAAUUUAAAGGGCGCGUCAUGACAAUAACACGUCAUGGAGUCUGGCUACGAUUUUGGAAUCAUUGAAUUCUGUCAAAGAAGUUUAAUUUCUGACAUGUGCUCGGCACAAGAGCGCACGAUUUCGCCCGUAGUAC